GAGAAUCACUUGAACCCGGGAGGCGGAGGUUGCAGUGAGCUGAGAUCACGCCAUUGCACUCCAGCCUGGGUGACAGAGUGAGACUUCAUCCCCCCCCAACAAAAAAACAUAAGGCCUAUCUGUAUUUAGAGAUGUGAACAGAGGGCCAUGAUAUAUUGUGGGGGGGAAAAAGCGAGAUGCAAAAUUAUAUGUGUAUAUGUGUAUAUACACAUAUACAUACAUAUGUAUACAUACCAUAAUCUAUUUUUGUUCAGAGGAAAAUCAUAUGUAUGUAAAUAGACUGCUUAAUAAUAUUAGCUGAUAUUUAUUAAAUUUGUAUUGUGUGCUAGCACUUUGUCCAAUACUCAUCAUACCUAAAUGACCUCAUUUAGUUCUCAAAAUAACACUAGGAGGUAGGUAAUUAUUUAACCCGCUUUACAGCAGAAGAAACAACAGAUUAGAAAGGUUAGGAAGCCUUCUCCAUGCUGCAUGGGAGGUUACAGGCAAAAGUUGGACCCUAGUCCAGAAGCCUGCACUUCCAUCCACCAUGCUCCGUGUACUGCUUCUUAACAUUUACUUGCUAGAAGAAUAUAAGGCAUCCUAGUAUUUAGUUGGGGUCUUAAAUGAAACUCAUACUUGAGAUGAGUUUUUAACGAGGUGCCUCUCAGAUCCCUCCCUCACACCCUGAAUUGGCAUCCAGGCUGCCAAAGCCCCCUGCACACAUAUCUGUGUAACAGAUCGUCUCCCCACCCUGACGCCUUCCACCCCAUGGUGCUGUUACUUAUGGAAUUCAGAAGGCAGCUACUGCUUUGUUUUCUGUCUUCCUGAUAACUCUAGAAACCUUGAAGAGUACCUGCUACUUACACAUCAUCUUGUUCUUAAAUCAAAUUUGGACCAUAAUUGUUAUCAUACAAUUUUAACUGCUAAGGUCACCUAGUUCUACAGUUCAAAUUAAACAUUAGCUCAUAUUGCCUCUAGGUUUAAAACUAAUGUACCCAGAAGAAAUUUACUAAGGGCCAGCAAUGUUGAAAUAGCUUAAGUGCAAACAGAGGAGUCCUGUGUGCUGGCAAUGACAAGGCGAUGUUGUCUAAAGUCCCUAUUUGAUUCCUCGUUUGUCCAUCCCUUCCCAGUGGCCUUUUCCUCUCUGAACUUUCAACAGUCUUGUGCCUAAGCACUUCAGUUCACUCCUUGUUAAAUGCCGUUGAUUGGCUAUGCAUAUGUAACAUCCCUUACUUUAUUCCAGAAGAGGUCACCUUAAUACUGCUUUAAUUCCCUGAAGAGAUGAUGUUUGGUCAUCAGUUAGCAAAACUCAAGCUUUGGAGCACCAGAAUGUGUGCCAGAAAAAAUUUUUCCAAAUGCUUGUAUAAUAAACUCAGAGGGGGGUUUGGUCACCAGAAUUGUUAGGUGAUGCUAUUGCUUCCUAACUUUUCCUUCCCACAGUCCAAGCUUUGAUGCACAAGGUUAUGGUUGAUUACUUUUUAUUGCGUUCUAGUGGGAACUGGUUUCUCCACCCAUCCUCAUUUUCUGUGGUCUCAAUUCCCCAUUGUUCCUUGGGUCUGAGGAUGCAGCUGGAUCUGAGAGUGUGAGACGCUGUCAUUUAGUACAUGAACUAAAGAUAUAAUCCUGUUUACUACUUUUUUUGGUCAAAGCAAAAAUAAUGCAAGAGUUAUGUGAACACGAUGUUUAUUACAUGUAUAGAACUGAAUAUGUAGAUGUUUAUAACCCGGAAGCUUUGGGAAACUGGACUUUGAUAAUUUCCCUGUAAUGAAUCCAUUUCUCAAAAGCAUUUUUUUCUAAAACACACACACACACACACACACACACAUUGUUCUCUGUAACCUCCCCAGAUAAAUACUUUUUAAAGAUCUUGCUUGUUAAAAUGCCUGCCAGCCUUUUAGAGAAGUUGACAGGUUAGGUGGUUUCUGUUAGCAGAAACACGUGGACUCAAAGCUUUUCCUCUAAAAUGAAUCUGUUGUGUAACAUCACAGCUGGCUCAGAAUACAGGUGCGUGCUCCUGCUCUCCCUGAGAAGAUAGAAUGGGAAGAGACCAAUCCAGAUGAGACGCAGGGGAGGAGGGGACACCCAACAGCAAAGGCACCGUUGCAAUCUUAGCCUAAACCAUAUCUCUGAGAAAGAGUUUCUUGUUGCCUGCUUGUAUCUCUGGGUGACCACAGACCCCUGCUCUCCAAGGUGGGUUGUGAACUCUGGAGCACUACCAAGAUUGGCUAAGAGCUGAAGGAGAGUCCCAAAGGAGCUUCAAUUCUGCAGAACUAUACAGCCUUCUUUACCUUACCUUGACCAGGUGCUUAGAGUUUGGAAAGUCAGGGAUAAGAAUUGAAAUUCCUCCAGGAGUCGCUCAGGAGCAAGCUGUGGCAAGCUGGAGGGAGGGACACAUCCCGUGUUCCAUCCACUCCCUCCCUUCUCAGCAGUCCUCGCCUGUUCUCACGUGCUCACAGGCAGUUAGGCAGAAGUGAUCCCCGUGGCUCUGCCAAAGACAAGCCUGUUGGGUUGAAAGAAGAAGAAGAAGAAGAAGAAGAAGAAGAAGAAAAAAAAAAAAAAACUCAGGCAAAGUCACAGCCUCAAAAUUGUUCACUGAAAGAAGCGUGAGUGGAGAAGUGUGAGAAGAUGAAUGGACCGGUGGAUGGCUUGUGUGACCACUCUCUAAGUGAAGGAGUCUUCAUGUUCACAUCGGAGUCUGUGGGAGAGGGACACCCGGAUAAGAUCUGUGACCAGAUCAGUGAUGCAGUGCUGGAUGCCCAUCUCAAGCAAGACCCCAAUGCCAAGGUGGCCUGUGAGACGGUGUGCAAGACCGGCAUGGUGCUGCUGUGUGGUGAGAUCACCUCAAUGGCCAUGGUGGACUACCAGCGGGUGGUGAGGGACACCAUCAAGCACAUCGGCUACGAUGACUCAGCCAAGGGCUUUGACUUCAAGACUUGCAACGUGCUGGUGGCUUUGGAGCAGCAAUCCCCAGAUAUUGCCCAGUGCGUCCAUCUGGACAGAAAUGAGGAGGAUGUGGGAGCAGGAGAUCAGGGUUUGAUGUUCGGCUACGCCACCGACGAGACAGAGGAGUGCAUGCCCCUCACCAUCAUCCUUGCUCACAAGCUCAACGCCCGGAUGGCGGACCUCAGGCGCUCCGGCCUCCUGCCCUGGCUGCGGCCUGACUCUAAGACUCAGGUGACAGUUCAGUACAUGCAGGACAAUGGCGCAGUCAUCCCUGUGCGCAUCCACACCAUCGUCAUCUCUGUGCAGCACAACGAAGACAUCACGCUGGAGGAGAUGCGCAGGGCCCUGAAGGAGCAAGUCAUCAGGGCCGUGGUGCCGGCCAAGUACCUGGACGAAGACACCGUCUACCACCUGCAGCCCAGUGGGCGGUUUGUCAUCGGAGGUCCCCAGGGGGAUGCGGGUGUCACUGGCCGUAAGAUUAUUGUAGACACCUAUGGCGGCUGGGGGGCUCAUGGUGGUGGGGCCUUCUCUGGGAAGGACUACACCAAGGUGGACCGCUCAGCCGCAUACGCUGCCCGCUGGGUGGCCAAGUCUCUGGUGAAAGCAGGGCUCUGCCGGAGAGUGCUUGUCCAGGUUUCCUAUGCCAUUGGUGUGGCCGAGCCGCUGUCCAUUUCCAUCUUCACCUACGGAACCUCUCAGAAGACAGAGCGAGAGCUGCUGGAUGUGGUGCAUAAGAACUUCGACCUCCGGCCGGGCGUCAUUGUCAGGGAUUUGGACUUGAAGAAGCCCAUCUACCAGAAGACAGCAUGCUACGGCCAUUUCGGAAGAAGCGAGUUCCCAUGGGAGGUUCCCAGGAAGCUUGUAUUUUAGAGCCAGGAGGAGCUGGGCCUGGUCUCACCCUGGAGGCACCUGGUGGCCAUGCUUCUCUUCCCCAGACGCCUGGCUGCUGAUUGCCUUCCCCACCCACCAACCCUCGGGGCAAAGCCAGGUCCCUCUCAUUUAGCCUGUCCUGUCAUCAUCAUGGCCGGCUGGAGGCAGGGGCUUCCUGGUGCUGGAGGUUGGAUCUUGAUGUGAGGAUGGGCAUGGUGUUCUCCUGCUGCUCCCUCAGACUGGGGCAAUGUUAAUUUAGUGGAAAAGGCACCCCUGUCAAGAGUGAAUUCCCUCCCCCAACAGCUGGACCCUGACCAGCUCCCCCUCCCUCCCCUUGCCUGUGCCAGGUGAGGUCAGCACAUCUCAACAGGCCUCAGGGCUCCUUGUGGGCCUGGGCUCCUGGGCCCCCCUUUCACAGGCAGCCAGUGCCCUGAGCCAGGGUCUCCAGAAAGCCCCACCCAGGCCAGGCAUGUGGCAGGGGUUAGAGCAGGACUGAUGUCUCCUAAGCACCUGUAAUGUGCGAGGGACCCAGCUAAUAACUGAUCUCGUUUUUUCUUCACUGCAACAUGAUGAGGUAGGACCUUUUAUAUCCCAUUUAUAGAUGGGGGAAAGCAAAGCACAGAGAGUCUGGAUAAUCCACAGGGUCCCACAGCCACGUGUUUAGACCUAGAUGUAUAACUAGGAGCUUUGACUCAGGAGCCUGUGACAUACCCCCUCCCCCACCGUUGUCUCAUGCCAGUAACAGGCUCAAACAAUGACAAAGCAGAUUCAGAAAUGAGGCCAUGGACUCUGUCCUGAAGGCCUGAGGUUACUGGAAAUUAGGGGAUUAACCCACUAGCUCUUGUUGAGCCGUGGGCAAUUGUCUGAAAAGUGAAGACAGAACCACAGGGCUAUUUUGUUUGCUUCAUGUGUCCCAGAAGAUGACUGAGGGUGAGUUGGCUUACCUGGCCCAUCAGGGUAUGCUGGAGUUUGGGACUGACCAGCAGCUUUAGAAUCCCAGCCCCCUGACCACUCAGAGACAUGCAGAGAUUGGGUUUUUGGACUUCUGGGGUAAGUGGUCUAAGUCCAGUCCAGUCCUAUCUGGGCUUCCUGGAGCAGAAGCAGCAACUUCUCCUAGCACAGAUGGCCAGCCCCUUAGACAGAAGCCCUCAAGUCUUUCUCUUUCCCUGGUACCUUGUAUCCCCUGCAGGCUGAGUGCAUUUGGAGGGAGUGAGUGGCCCUUUCGGAUCCAGGGAGGCUGGUCCUAAGGCCUCAUGUUAAAUAGGCGGGGCUUGCCUUCUGGUGUUGGACAAGCUGCUGAGAUGUCAUGAGGAGAUUCUGCCUUUGCCAGGUGACUGUCUGGGGAGCAGGUCUGCUCCCAAGGGGCCUGAGCAGUCCUUGGCCUGCUAAGGUCUUGGAACUUGCCUGCCUUUCCAUCCAUGGCCAGCAGCACCUGCCCUACCUGCCCCACUUGUCCUUAGCCUGGACCUCUGACAGCAGCAUCUCUACCUUCUCCCCAGCUCCCAGGACCACAGGCUCAGGCAGGGGCCUCCAUGGGCCCCAGGGGAACAUUGAGGGCUUGGCCUCUCUCUAGGGUACAUGGUGCUGGUUCAGGCUGGGAGAGGCAGCCCAGGAAGUCUCAUCUGGGGAGCAGGCAGCCAGCAUCUGGGCCUUGGCCUGGAGCACAAAGACCCUGGCUUUCAUUUUCUCUCAGAUGAAAGGAAAUUAAGGCAACAAAAGAAGCCCGGCUCCUGGUCACCUAGGAAGCCUCAAAUUCCUUCCCGUGGAGGGAGGGAGUGGUUUGCAGGUGGCCGAGUUCCUCUAAUUUGGCUCAUACUCGACAUGAAAAUUCAGAAUUUUAUACUUUCCCUACCUUCUAGAGAAAUAAGAUCUUUUUUGUCAGUUUGUUUGUAUGAAACUAAAGCCUUUAUUUGUUAAUAGUUCCUGCUAAAACAGUGAAUAAAAACUCAAGGAGCAACUA